AUGUGGCUACUACACAUCAAUGGCAUUCAAGAUGUACCAUCUGUUAGAACAAUGAAGACUCUUGAAGAUGGCCUUCAAAAAAUCUGUGGUAUUGAAACUUUGCCUUUCACUGGUGCUUUUGGGCACCAAUAUUAUAUGAAUUCAUUUUCAGACAUUAUCAGGCAGGUUGAAAAUUCAGGGGGACAGUUGAAUGAGGCAUACCAGGCCAGAAGGUGGUUAAAAGAAAUGGAUCCAACACAGCUGACUCCUAUGAUUUGUCUUCAUGGUCAAGAUUUUUUCAUAUUUGAGCCAGCCCUUUUGUCAAAUGGGCAGGUUUGCAUGCCUAUAAGGUGGUUUAAAUGUGGAGGGCUUUUUCUUGCCAAUGCAUGGUCUCUUCAUGCUGUUGUUAAUGACACAGGAAGUGGUUGGAUAGUUGAGGGGCACACAGAGAUUGAAAUCUCAGAAAGAAACUUACUGGUAUCAUUCAAGAAUUGGAAUAUCAGUCAAUCAACAUCUGUUCUCCCUCCUGCACACAAUAUCUUAGGAAUUGAAAAUAGUCAUCAGGCUGGACUGUUGUUGGAACCAUGGACACUCACAAACCCACAUGAGGGAAAUCAUUGGCGUGUGCUUGCAAAUGGAGCUUAUGUCUAUGGUUUUCCAAUCUGGCUUUACUGUGAUGAUACUUCAGGGAAUGUAUCAAAAUGUUGGAACAAGCACCAUUCAUUCCUGUUCACACCAGCUGGCUUGCCACAUGCUGCAGUGCAUCAGGAAUACAAUGUUCACUUCCUAUGCACAUCUAAUGUUGCACCACCCCUUGAAAUGUUGGAUGGUUUUGUAAAUCAGCUUGAGUAA